CGUGGUCAAAACACUGGCUCUAGAGGCUCCUGGCGAAAUAGUCGCGGCAGGCGUCCAACCAACAAAGUCGGAGGAGGCUCAUCAAUAUCCUCUUCCCAGUCCGCCCCUGCUCUCGCUUCGCGAAGAAAUGACCCUAUGCCCACUUCUGCGUCUAGUGGAAGGAGAAAAAUGAAUUUGAUUGCUUCCGUGAGCCGAAGCAGUGGCCUUGAAAGAGGCGGAGAUGACCUAAAAGACUAUGCGAUACAAGAGGAAUAUCGUGCCUUCAUACAAGGGAAGCUCGAUGACGCUCCCGAAAUAUGGCAAAUGCAUGGAGUGCACAAACUAUCUACGGAGGAAGCCGAACGGAGAGCCGAAACCCGCGACAACAUCUUGAUUCUACUGCGAAAAUUACGAGAAGGCAUUUCCGCCUCCAAGCGUACCGACGCCUUUGCUAUCGAAGUCUACGAAACCUCUCUCUUUCUCGCCGUCAUCUCUAGCAACCACCGUCGAAUAUCACCCAUCGUCUCCCAAAUCACACCCGAGCUCUAUCAAGGGAUUGAAAGACCGCACCCCAACGCCACACUUGCGCUUACCAUCGCCCUCCUCUAUCACCUGGCGACAUCCUUCCCCUCGCAGGCAGUGUACCAACAGCAGUUGGCUUCGUUCCAACAGGGCUCGCCGUCCCUCCUACCACCCGACUCUCCCGAAUAUACCUGGAUCAAAGCUCUCGCCGCGUCUCUCCGCCAGAUGAACGUCGCCCGCUUCAGCCGCUUGGCCAAGCCGUCCGCGAUCCCAAUAUCAGCGCCCGACGAGCUCGCGCACGCGUUGGAUGACUUGUCUCUCGGGGAGCGGACAACACCUGCCGCGCCACGGAGCCCGACUGCCACGGCACAGAGCCUGACGACCACACCACAGGGCCCGGCUGCCACGGCACGAAAUCCCACGAUUCCGCGCUCCAGCCGCGCGCUCGCUGAGAAUGCGUUGCACGCCGCCCUGGGCAUGCUUCGCGAGAGGGUGUGCGACCAUGCCUGGAGCGUCCUGCGCGCGGCGUACAAAGAGCUGUCUUCGACGGCAGAUGGUGCGCCGUGGCUCGCGCGCUCGCUGGCUUUGGGUGGGGGGCCCGACUCGAAUGAUGGAGAAUCUGGCUCAGAGGAGCUGACGCGUUGGCUGGAGGAGCAGGAGCAGCUAGGGCGCGUGAAGAGGAAGGAGGGGCUGGAGGGGCGGUGGUUGGUGUGCAAGAGCUGA